CAUACCACGGCGUGUAGGCCUGAUUCAUGUUAGCAACAACCAAGAUAAACUGAAAUUGAGCAACAGCUUUGGUGUUUUUUCCUCUCGGAGCAGGAGGUGGAGCUUUUGCAGAGAUUCCUCUUCAUGAAGUUUUCCAGCAGGACUGAUGCAGCAGCACAUCAGCAGUGUUCGCCUGCACCUCAAACAGCUCUUCAUUUGCAGAAGUUACACAUCGCCUGCAAAACUCACGUUACUGAAUGCAACUUCGGAGAAGGGAACUGCUUGUUUACUAGGGACAUAGAGCAAGUGUUGAAGUGCACUGGUUUUGUGGAGUACAUAGCAUCAGGAUGAGAGCGAUUAACUUGGACACUUACAGCCUGUCUCUGCUGACCGCUAAAGAAGACAUCCUCAACCCGCGAGCAUCCACCAACUGGGCUUUAUUUACAUAUGAGGGAGUGACCAACAAUCUUAAACUCACAGAUUCAGGAGCUGGAGGUUUGACAGAAUUGGUUGGGAAAUUUCACAACAGCAGGCCCAUGUAUGGCCUCUGCAGGGUGGGACUGACAGAAACAGGACAACCACAGAUUGUCAUGGUCUGCUGGGUUGGUGAUAGUGUGGAUGAGCACCGCAGAACUGAAUGUGCCAGCCAUCUGCCUGCCAUCAAGGCCUUCUUCAAGGAGGCUCAAGUAUUUAUUACAGCCUCACAGCAAGAUGAGGUGACAGAGGAGCAGAUUAUGGCUGCUAUUGCAAAGAUUCGACCACCAAUGGAGAAACUGAGGAGACCCUCAAGGGCAAUGGAUAAGGAGGAGACUGUGGGUACAAACUACAAGAAGACAAAUGCUGCCAUGGAGAUGAGACGGAUUAAUAGAGACUCCUUCUGGGCACGUGCAGAGCGUGAGGAGGAGGAGAGAAAGGAGGAAGAACGUCGGAGGGCUAUUGAAGACAGACGGCGCUGGGAGAGAGAAAGAGUUCUAAAGGAAAAAAAAGAGGCUGAAGAGAGAGACAGAAAGAUGAACGAAAAGCUACAGAUGAUUGAGGAACAAAGAAGGAUCCAGGCUCAGCUUGAGGAAGAGGCUAGAAAGAAGGAAAAAGUGAGAUGGGAGCAGCAGCAGAGAGAGCAUGAGGAGGACAUGAGGGCCCGACUCAGACGCAGCGAGUCCAUUGAGAAAGCAGCAGAGGCAGCAGCACUUGUUUCCCAGCGCACCAUCAAUCCCAGAGAGUUUUUUAGGCAGUUAUCCGCAUCCUCACAAAAUUCUUUAAGCCCUGGAUCACCACGAUCAGGCAAAUCUCCAUUCCGUCGCUACCAACGCAGUUUGACAGACACAGCCUUCAUCUUUGAGAGGUCCAACUCUAAUUCUGGUCCCACAUCCCCUCUCAGUCCCUCUGCAAGGUCUCCAUUCUCACGCACCCCAUCCUCAUCCUUCAAACGUCCAACGUCCCCACUUAGUCCACCCUACCGGACAAUCCCCUCACCACAGCGCCCUGAAACAUCUCCUCCCACAUCACCUUCCCCUCGCUCUGUCCCACCGGUGUCGCCUCCGCCCGGUCUGCCUGUCACCAGACCCCCCCCACCCCAGUCAUCACCUCCUCAAGCCCCAGUACAUGAUUCAUCUUCCUCUCCAUCUCCAGAGCCAGAGUCUUGCACCUAUGACGUUAGCAGGGAGGAACUUGCUGUCACAACAGAACGCCUUCCAGCUUCACUCUCUGAUAACCCACUGCACACUACGGAGCUUGUAACUGGCUCUCAAAUGCUGAGUGAACCAGAAGUGGACUUCACUGCCAAAGCUGUGCUGGUCGAAGAAGAUGAAGAAGAGGUAGAGGAACCAGAAGAAACUUCAGCCAUGUCAGAUCCACCUUUUCAUACUAUGAUCACCACAAACUAUGAAGAAGCAGUGAAAGCAGUAGAGGAACGAUUCAAGCCUGAGGAUGAGAAGAGUGUCAUCAGCCCCCUGGUGGAGGUUGAGGAGCAAGAGCAGGAACCAGAGUCAGAGUCAGAGUCUGAGGAUGAAGCAGACUCUGAGGAGCAGCCUGCUGCAGAAUCGGAGGAAUUCCACCCUAAUGUCAACCAGGUGCCCAGAAAUGUGGUACCGAUCUCAGAUGAUGAAGAUGAGGAAGACCUACCAAAUAACCAAGAGUCAUGUGUGAACGCAUCAGAGAAUGAUCAGAUGAUUGAAGAAGAUGGAUCUGAAUGUGGCAGACCACUGAAUGGUACAGGUCAUGAGCUAAUUGGAGUAGAGGAUGUUGAUGUAUCUGAGCACAGCACACCUGAGCGGUUCUGUUACAAGGUUAAUCGUGAGGAGGAAGAUGACGAUGAAAUCCAAACAGAGUUGGUGACUGAGAAUGGCGAAACAUCUCCAGAAAGGCUUCUGCGUGUGAGAGCAUUAUAUGACUACCAAGCAGAGGAUGACACUGAGCUCUCUUUUGAACCUGGUGACAUCAUCAGUGAUGUGGAAACAAUCGACAAAGCGUGGUGGAGGGGCUCCAGCAAAGAUGGACGCCAGGGUCUCUUUCCUGCCAAUUUUGUGGAAACCAUCUAAAGACUUGUCCUUCAAAGACGGGUCCUCUUCCCCCUUUUCUUUCACCAAUUCUCAGGGACUAAACCGCAAAACCCAAUCAAUGAGGAUGUACCAUGUACUCUGAGAUUAAGAGUCACAGGAAAAGGGUUUGGAAGUGAAGCGUUCACAGGCACAACUCAGCCAACAAUUCCUUGAGUUCCAAAACAAGCAGCUAAAGUUGAAAAUUGAGGUUUUAAUGAUCAUCAGCUGCAAGACUGAGGAGGAUUCUCACAUGAUGUGAGAUCAGUACAAUUUCUGUUACAAUUGUACACAAAUUAUCAUCAUUUUAUUAUUUACACAUUACAUCAUUUAUUAUUUUACA